AUGAACUAUGGACCACCUCCGGGUGGAGUUAGUGGCUUGUCCUUCGACAAGUACAUUGAAAGUCAAACUUACGGCGAUGCUUCGACCCUCGAGAAAUUCCAGCAUCAGUUUUACGUCGCCAAAGAAUCCGUGACUCGGAAACUCAAUCGGAACAAGAGCAACAAGGAUGUGACUGCCUCGGAUUCCGAACUCGACAUGAAGCUAGAACUCUUCCGAAGCAUUCAAGCGUCGUCUGGAGAGCUCCACAAGGCUGUUCUUUUGUAUCAACAAACGAUUUGCCACCUGGCUCAGGCUCAGAACUCACUCGGUAUGUUUUUGAAAGAAGUGGGAAAAUCAGAAAAAGCGUACCCCGGGAAAGUGAUGUUCUCUGUUGGGAAAGUCAUGUCGUACUCGGCUUACUACGCAUUGGCGAUAAAAGAGCCGAUGGAUCGAUUGCAGCAAGAAAUAGAGACUUACCGGUUGCGUGCGGUCCAAGAUUGCUUGUGCACGGUGCAGAAAAGUGAGAGGAAUCGUCAAGAAUACCGCGGAAUGCUGAUUUGGAUGAAGGAAGUGUCUGAGGAGUUGAAUCCUGAUGCCUACAAGCAACUGGAGAAGUUUCGAAAGGUCCAGCAUCAAGUUCGGUCGAGCAAAGAACGCUUUGACAGGGACAAACUCAAUUGCAUGCAGAAAAUCGACUUGCUCGCUGCGUCGCGAUGCAACAUGUUCUCGCACGCGUUGAAACAAUAUCAAGAAAAUGUCACCACUUACUGGCACAAGACAGACAAAGCCUGCGAAACUGCGUUGACUGCAAUCGAUACCAAUAACUUUGCAAAACGGCACUUGGACUCCGCAGAGGGCGCCGAUUCGAGCAUUUCUUUGGACUUGGAGAAAAGUUCGAACGUGACGCUGAACGAUGAGAAAUCUCUCGUGGAUGUUGAGCUUCCUACUGAUGCGGAGCUGAAACAGGAUCUUCUCGGUGAGCUUGAGAUGGCGAAAGAAGCCACCGAGGACUUGGAAGAGCUGUUCAAAAAGUUUUCCGAGACUGGGUUAGGUGAGUCUGGUGCGGAUUCCCAGCUUGAUGAUGUUUUCAGCAUGAACAAACCAACUGUAAUCGGGGCUUGCAAUCACGAACCUUCUGAUGACCUUCACUCAAUCUUUGAGACAAAUCCCGGCGAUCUGCUCACUGGCCAUGACGGGAUGACGAGUGGCUUCUUGCCUAGUCAGCUCUUGGAGCAGAAUAAGACGGAUCCUAUGGAUUGGAUGAGCCAAAGACUCAAUCCAGACGUGAAACCGGAAUCGAAACCCACGUCCUGGUUGAAUGCUUUUGCCGAUCUCGAUCCACUCGGGAAAGAAUCCGCAAGUAUUCUUGGCGAACAGGCUUGA